AUGACCGCAACCUCGCCACUCACUCCCUCUCCAUCCAGCUUACCGCCCGUAACAGCCUCCUCGGCGUCCUCCUCUUCGUCUUACCACGAACCCGUGACCACCGUGAUCGAUUCGGAUUCAGACUCGGACUUUGAGAUAGUCGGGACUUCGUCUUCGAGUACGGGCAGGAAGAGGCCGGCAAAGAAGGUAGCGGGGAAAGCGAAUGCGGGUGCAGCAGGGAAACGGAAGGUCGGAAGUGUCAGUGGAGGGAACGCAAGAGCAGGACCUUCAGCUGGUAUCAAGCGACAGAAAACGACCACCGGCAAGCUUGUAAAUCGUACGAAUGGAGACAAUCCUGACGUUCAAGAUGAAGAUGUAUCGUCAACGUCGAUUGCGAAUCGGCCCCAUCCGAAAUCCUACCACGACACAACAACCCUUAUCCCCAUCUUACCGGACUUGUUAGCCUGGUUCGAAGAAGUGAGGGAAAAGAGAAAGAUGCCCUGGAGAAAGGAAUACGACGAUAGUGCUUCGAUGGAAACGAAGGGGCAGAGGGCUUAUGAGGUACGUCUUAGCGAGGUGAUGUUGCAACAAACGCAGGUGACGACAGUCAUCCCGUAUUGGAAUCGGUGGUUGGAAAAGUGGCCAACAAUACAAGACCUGGCUCAAGCGGAUAUCGAAGAAGUCAAUUCGAUCUGGCGCGGAUUGGGAUAUUACCGAAGAGCGAAAAACUUGUUGCUGGGCGCUCAGAGGAUCGUAAAGGACCCGAGGAAGUACCACGGUGAACUGCCUGAUGAUCCGGCCAUCCUGGAAAAGGACGUGGAAGGUGUAGGCAGGUACACCGCAGGAGCGAUCACUUCGAUGGCUUAUGGCGUCAAAACCCCGAUUGUCGAUGGGAACGUGCAUCGAUUGAUGUGCCGCCUAUUGGCUCUGCACGCUCCGCCCACCAGUCCGGCUUUGAUCAAAACUUUGUGGGCUAGCGCGCAGGAGCUUGUGGAUAAUCUCGAAGACGUCCCGCCUGGUCUAGCGGGGGAUUUGAAUCAGGCUUUGAUGGAACUCGGUAGUCAGGUCUGCAAGCCCGCUGCACCGGAUUGCGCGGCAUGUCCGAUUCGUGCCGGCUGUCGAGCAUAUGCCGAAGCCAAACUAGCGCGCAAACCAGAAUCAUCAGCCGAGGAGGACGAAUGCUCAAUCUGUGCACCAAUACCUGUAGCUGGAUCUAUGGACGUCACGGUAUUUCCAAUGAAAAAGGUGGCCAAAGCGCAAAGAGAAGAAUCUUCGGCGGUCUUGGUCGUCAAAUGGGAGCCCGAGGAUGACGAGGACGAUGAGCCGAGGUGGUUAUUCGUCAAACGGCCUGAAGAAGGUCUACUGGCAGGCCUGUUUGAACCACCCUGUAUCGCUCUGGAUGACGAUACGGACGACGAGCAGGCAGUCGAGACGGCGUUGCGUCAUGCCAAGACUUAUCUCGAGAAGGGCGCAUUCGAUACAUGCGAGACACCGACACAACAAGGCGAAUACGUACACGUCUUCUCGCAUAUACGCAUGACCUAUCGCUUAUGGGAAGUCACGAUCGGUGGACCGAUCCCGGCGAUCAGAUUACCAAAAGGCAAGACCGCUACCGAGGUCGUAUGGCUAACAGCUGAAGGGCUGAAACAGGCCAACGUGGGCACCGGGGUCAAGAAGAUGUGGGAACUCUUGAAAGGAACGACGAAUCCCUGGACUGGGGCCAAGGGAAAUGGCAAGCAGAUCAAACGGAAAGUAGCAAAAAAGCAGAUCGUGCAGGAAGUGACUGCGGUAAAGAAGAAGGUCAUCAUGAUGCCUAUGAUGCCAGCAUUGUCGACGGUGGCGUCGACAUAA